GCCUUCAAUCAACACUCCAAAACAAAAGAUACCAAUCGCUGCGAUAUUAUUCUUUUUAAUUCAUCAUUAAGUCUCGUUACGGUUGUUUUUUUUUAUAAAUGUAGUUGCGUUUUAAUUAUUAUACACUUACAUUACCCGAAAGUGUGUGUGUGUGUGCCGUGGAACGUUAUUGAUCAUUUUUUCGUACACCAAAUCGCAUCGUAGGUGUCAAAAAUUGGGCAACAGCAAGACUGAAUUAUUUACUAUUUAUUUUAACCAGAAACAAUGUCGGAUGAUGAUCAAGAUACGACGGUACGAGUCGCCGUUAGAAUACGUCCCCAAAUAUCGCGCGAGUUGAUCGACAUGUGUCGCAUUUGCACGCAAGUCACUCCGGGCGAACCGCAAGUCGUUUUGGGCGUCGAUAAGGCAUUCACGUUCGACUUUGUCUUCGACACAACUUCCAAACAGAGCGAAAUUUACGACAAUUGCGUUCAUAAUCUCGUCGAGGGAUCGCUAAAAGGCUAUAAUGCCACAAUUCUUGCCUAUGGUCAGACCGGAUCUGGCAAAACUUACACAAUGGGAACGGGAUUCGAGCGCGAUAUACCCGAAGAACUCGUUGGAAUCAUCCCUCGUGCGGUUCGUCAUCUGUUUGAGGGCAUUGAACGUUCGCAGCUGAACGACGCGACGCAAUUUAGCGUGGGAGUGCAAUUCAUGGAGCUCUAUAACGAAGACAUAAAUGAUUUGCUGGAUCCGUUUAGCAAGGGAAAAACUUUUAAAAUUCACGAAGACACUUCCGGCGGCAUUUCCAUCCAUGGGGCGACCAUAAAAUCCAUUACGGGACCUCAAGAUGCGUUACGUUGCUUGCAACAGGGAGCUUUGGCACGCACAACUGCUUCGACCAACAUGAAUGAACAAUCGUCGCGGAGUCAUGCGGUCUUUACAAUUCUCGUGAGGCGUCAACGAGUGAUGUCUGUGGAAGAAACAGAUGCUCCGGAUGGCGAUUUGGAGACUUUAACGAGCAAAUUUCACUUUGUAGAUCUCGCGGGAUCGGAAAGAUUGAAGCGAACAGGAGCAACGGGCGAACGAGCACGUGAAGGAAUUUCAAUUAAUUGCGGAUUGCUCGCAUUGGGCAACGUUAUUUCCGCCUUGGGUGACAAAAGUAAGAAAGUUAGUCACAUUCCGUAUCGUGACUCGAAACUCACACGUUUGUUACAAGAUUCGCUCGGCGGAAAUAGUCAAACGGUGAUGAUUGCUUGUGUUUCGCCCAGCGACAGAGACUUCAUGGAGACCUUAAACACCCUAAAAUACGCGAAUCGUGCCCGAAACAUCAAGAAUAAAGUUCAAAUUAAUCAAGACCAAAGUUCGCGAACGAUCGCGUCGCUCCGUAGAGAAAUCGCCGCCUUACAAUUGGAGUUGCUCGAGUACAAACAAGGCAAACGCAUGGCAGAUCCAGCAGGAAAUAGCAACAUUUCCGACACAUAUCUCGAAAACGAGAUGCUCAUCACGGACAACAAACGUUUGCAUCAACGUCUCAAAGCGAUGCAAGAAACGGUCAAUUGUCUCACGGACAAAAAUGCGGAAUUGCUCGCGCAGAAACAAAUCGCCAACUGGAAUGCAACCGGGGACUCGGAAGAUUCGAUGACGCAAGUUGUCGCCGGUUAUUUGAGCGAAAUUGAGAAAUUAAAAGCUCGUUUGAUCGAAUCCGAGCAAAUGUAUCAACAGCUGAAGAAGCAACGUGACACAAAUCCCGCUGUCAUGAAGGCAAGUACGAUGUCUUUCAUCACGGAAGAGCCCAAAUCCGUUAUAGAUCUCGCCAAAAAGGAGCUGGAGAAGGAACGGGAGAUUUUAAUGUCACGUUCGUUGCCUGGAUUAUCCGAAGAUGGCGUCGUCCCGGCAUCAGAAACGGCAGAAAGUGGCGAUUCUGACUCGGAUUCCGAUUCGCAAGACAAAGCUGACGAGUUACAAGCUGAAAUUGCCGACAUUCAAUCGGAUAUUGAGAUAAAAACGAAGUUAAUUGAGCAAUUGGAGCUUUCGCAGCAACGAAUGAUGGUCAUGAAGCAACAUUACGAAGAAAAAUUGACGGUACUUAAUAAUAAAAUUAUGAAUACCCAAAAGGAACGGGAUCAGGUGUUAGCGAAUAUGGGCGGAAGUAUCCAUGUUGGCUCGGAUUCCGUUAAAAAAGUACGGGAUGAAUACGAAAAGAAGAUUAGUGGCAUGCAAAAAGAGCUGAGAAAACUUCAAUCUGCUCAAAAAGAGCAUUUGAGACAACAGCGGGCACUCGAGGCACAAGAAGCGCAAAUGAGAUCCCUUCGUUCGGAGCUUUCCGACUUGAAAUCCAUGAAAAUUCGCCUCAUGAAGGAGAUGCAACGCGAAAGUAAUCGUCACAAAGAGGAGGAAAAUCGUAAAGUUCGUGAAAUUGCGCAACUGCGGAAGGAAGCACGGAAGCAAUCGAGUCUCAUCAAGUCCCUGCAAGCACAAGGAGCUGCCAAAGAUCAAGUUUUGCGACGCAAAACGGAGGAAGUAAGUGCCUUACGGAAGAGUCAGCGUGGCGGAAAAUUAUCACAAAAGGCAGCGGGACGCGUUUCGCCCUCAUCUUCGGUGCCGGGAACCCCAAAAAUUUACAAUGCGCGUCACACAAAGAUCAAAUGGGACAAUUUGCAACGCACUAUUUAUCGCGCGGCACGAAAUAAACAAGCUGUUAUCGAAUUAGCGCGAGAACUUGAACGCCUAAUUGAAGAACGUGAGACUUUGGGACGCGAUUUGGCAAGCGUUAAACGCAGAAAACGCGUUCAAGAGACCCCGGAAUUGAUUUCCGAAGAAGACACCAUCAACGCGAACUUGAAUUACAUUCAGGAAAACAUUUCGCAAAUCCAAAGUUCGAUAAUGGAGCUCGAGGAAGGCAAAGAAUCCGUGAAUGAACAAGCGAUGUUGCAAAAUGCCAUCGAUAACGUACGCAGUAUUGAGGAAGCGAAAUUCCUCCUUGAGCGCCUUUGUACAACGUCAAUUUCGCAAGUUUGUGACAACGGAUUGACGCAAAUUCGGUUGAAGGAACGCGAAGCGUUGCUUAAUGAAGUGCAACAGGAUAGCAAUAUUCAGCAGCAAUUGUUGGCGCAUGUCUUGCAAAGUAGCACAAAUGGGUCGAUGGGUGCUUCCGGAGCUGGCGAGGGCAUGAUUGACAUCGAUAAUAUUAGCUUGAUGAUGUCUAAUAGCACGGGAAUGCUCAAAGAUAACGGAUUUGGGACAUUUUUGACGGAUAGCGUUACGGGAAAAUUACCACAAAGCAAUCGUUCGAGCAGAAGUCCGUCGCCGAAUCCAAGUGAAACUGAGUCAAUUCGUUCUUCAAAGCAAAGAAAACGACAAGCGCUUCCAUCGGAAUUGCUUUUUGGAGACUCUGGCAACAACGAGGAUUAUGACAAAAAACCUGCAAUUUCGCAAUCAGAUGCUUCCAAAUUUAUCCCGUUGUCGCGAGUUCCGAGUGCUCCAGGUUCAUUAAAGGGCAUGUCAUCAAUUCCAUUAAUAAGACAAAACACAUUUACGGCAACUCCAUCUCCAUUAUUGGCACGUAAAAAUUACGAAAUAUCGCCUGCUGUUACGCCAGGUUCGCCAAGGACCCCAAGAAGAAGUCUUCAGAAGAAAACGCCGCCUGGAAUUGAGGAUACGGAGAUGAUGCCAUCGCCGCCAGUUUAUCGCAGAGCCUUUUCACGCGAGGACAGCAACGUAGAUGUUUUUUCUCGACUCGGCGCGGGACAAGUUGAUCCUGUUCCCGGAGGUACAAUACGAGAUAUUGUUGGAAAAUCAAAAACUUACUCGCCGUUUUAUUGCACGCACGUUGUCGAAGGACAUGGCAGCUCAGUAUUAGAUAUCAAAGUAUUAUUUGAUCAAACAUUGCUCACAGCAUCCGCAGAUCGCACUGUCAAGUUAUGGGAUUUGAGGAAAGGCAUCGUUUAUGGUUGUUUAUCGCUGCAUCCGGGACCUGUAGUUGCUGUCGAGUACAGUACGGAGCAUAGUUUGCUGUUUUCCGCAUCAGGAUCCUUUAUUCGGGCAUGGGAUUUGCGUGAAAGUACGACAAAACCUGUGAAAACUUUAUGCUCUUCUGGCAACACAAUGUCAGGCACAGCGAACAUUUCCGCCCUCCAACCGGGCGAAUCUCCAAUUACCGCAAUGAUCAUUGGCAGCACAGGCAAUCUCUAUACAGCAGCGUCAUCCGAUCGCGUUCGAAUUUGGGAUCUACGUAAAUUUUCGUGCACUGGAAAAGUUCAAGGAGGUCAUCAAGCAGCUGUAAUGUGUCUCGAAUCAUGGCGCAGCGCAUCAGGAACUGACUUAUUGGCAACUGGAUCGAAAGAUCACUACAUCAAAGUAUUCGAAAUCCCGCAAACUGGAGGCCUAAUUUAUCCGACGCUCAAUCUCUUGCCGCCCCAUUAUGACGGAAUUCAAGUUUUGCUUGCGACAGACAAGGCAAAUGACGGACAAUCGAUGGAACUGUUCUCCGGAAGUCGCGAUACGUGCAUCAAACGAUGGGAUUUGGAUAGCGGCGACUUGAAGUUAUCCAUCAAUAAUGCGCAUAAAGGAUGGAUUUCGGGCAUGGCGAUGUUCAGAGAUAUGCUUUUGACGACUUGCAGAGGAGGCGUGAUGAGACUUUGGGAUGCUCGAACGUGCGAUGCACUUGCGGAAGUUAAAACGAGCAAUCCAAUUAGCGGAUUGGUUGCUAAUGACACGAGAUUCUUCACAGCGUCGAGCAACGGUAGCGUGCAAAUCUGGAAAUUACCUGAAAAUGUGGACUCAUUGUUGUCUGUCAAGUCAAAUUCCAACUCCAACAAUAACUAUAAGCGAUAAGAAGUAACACACAAUCACUGAAAGAACAAAAAAAUCAAUUAUUUUAAUGAUAAAUGUAGGAAGUGUUCCAUCCUUCAUAACUAAUCCUGCUAAAAAAUGAUAUUAACAUAUAGUAUUUAUGUUGUAAACAUUCCAAUUUUGAUUAAAAUCCACUAAAAUUUAUCAUUUACACUUUUAGAAUUAGAAAAACUAACCAAUUCCCCACAAAAAAAGACUUAGUUAGGCUGUCGUUCGCGGUAGAACGCACGUUUUCUACCCGUUUAAUUUGAAUUAUUUUUCAAAUGCGAAAAAAAAUGUAAUCCAAAAAUCAAAUAUUAUUGUUAGAAGUAUUUCUCACCUAUAAUUCUCAAGAAAUCUCGUUCAAACUGAACUAAUCGAGCAACUUUACUUAAUUAAAAUACCUUACUUUAAAAAUAAAACAACCUAUUUAUCGAAUAAUACGCUAAAAAAGUAUUAAUAUAUUAUUAUUUAUGAACAUUAACUUUUAAUAUUUUAACAAUUUAUGCCUAUUUUUUGUGUGUGAAGUUUGAAUGGCUGAACUAGAAUAGAUGAAUUUUAACUAUUAUACUACUACACUAACGAAUUCUAACUUAUUGCAAAUAAAUUACAAGUG